CAACGGGAGUCUCAUAUCUUGGUGGAUCACCAUUCCGUAGUCAUUGUUGGCAGAUGAGAGAAGAAACAACAUGGCGUCGACUAGCCGUGGAGAUCUCCUUCCCAAGGUGCAGUGCCCCAACCACCCAGAUGCCCUGCUGGUGGAGGACUACCGAGCUGGGGACAUGAUCUGUCCUGAGUGUGGACUCGUUGUGGGCGACCGGGUCAUUGACGUUGGUUCUGAGUGGAGGACUUUCAGCAAUGAGAAGGCCACUAAAGACCCUUCUCGUGUGGGCGACGCCCAAAACCCCCUCCUCAAUGGGGGAGACUUGACGACCAUGAUCAGCAAGGGAACAGGUGCCGCUAGCUUUGAUGAGUUUGGCAACUCCAAGUACCAGAACCGCAGGACCAUGAGCAGUUCGGAUCGGGCCAUGCUAAAUGCUUUUAAAGAGAUCACCACCAUGGCAGACAGAAUCAACCUGCCCAGGAACAUCAUAGACCGAACAAAUAACUUAUUCAAGCAAGUUUACGAGCAGAAGAGCCUGAAGGGUCGGAGUAAUGAUGCCAUUGCUUCAGCUUGUCUAUAUAUUGCCUGCAGACAAGAGGGUGUCCCACGAACAUUCAAAGAAAUCUGCGCCGUGUCCCGAAUUUCCAAGAAAGAGAUCGGCCGGUGUUUCAAGCUGAUCCUGAAGGCCCUCGAGACGAGCGUGGACCUGAUUACGACCGGGGACUUCAUGUCUCGUUUCUGCUCCAACCUGGGCCUGCCCAAGCAGGUGCAGAUGGCCGCCACGUACAUCGCCAGGAAGGCGGUGGAGCUGGACCUGGUCCCCGGCCGCAGCCCCAUCUCCGUGGCGGCCGCAGCCAUCUACAUGGCCUCCCAGGCGUCUGCUGAGAAGAAGACCCAGAAAGAAAUAGGAGACAUCGCUGGAGUCGCGGACGUGACGAUCCGGCAGUCCUACAGACUCAUCUACCCCCGCGCUGCUGAUCUCUUUCCCCCAGACUUCAAAUUUGAUACUCCGGUCGACAAGCUGCCUCUGCUGUGAAAUGUGUGCUUUCUACGAGUUCUGCUUUUUUUUGUAUUUUUAGUUUUUUUUUAAAUUGAAUUUCUAAGAACAAUAACUUGAUUUUGUUUUGCUGUUAACACCCAAACCAAUGUAAAGAAGUUUGCAGAAAUACAAAAAGUACAGGACACACAUUCCAAAGCUUUAACAAAUUGCAGACUGUACUUACAGUAUUUCAUUUGUGUGUACAUAUACUGUAUAUAUAAUGAUGUCCAGGUGAGAAAUGUCUUUGGUGUUUAAUUGCAGUUUAAUGGCUGGUUUAAUACUGUACCCUUUCUUUUGUAGGAAAUAAGCAAGUUAUAUUUUGUUAGUGGUAUGCAAUAAAAAACACUUUUCUGAACAGCA